CGUAUUUAAUUCCAUAAAUCCAUAGAACGAAUGGAUAACGACCAUAGCGACUGUAAGUAAGAUGGAUUUGAGGCGAAUUUUAAUUCCGCGACAUAGAAAUUAAAUCAAGCAAUUUCGAUCUUCUUCUUCGAGAUUCGGGAAACAGAAGAAUGUCGAUUUCUUCCAUGAAAAUCGCCCUCCCCACUCAGUAUUCUCCGUGCUUUCGUCGAGUUAACCGGCACAAAUAUAAGGGAGUUGCUGCUGCAAGUCUGAGAGGAGAUUUUGCUACUUUGGGGAUGAAUGUUACUGAAGGUGAAGGAAAUUUACCCAAAGUUGUGCUCACUUCUACGAGUGGUAGUGAGGCUGAUGUAUACUUGUUCGGAGGAUGCAUUACAUCUUGGAAACUCGCAAAUGGCAAGGAUCUCCUAUUUGUUCGCCCAGAUGCUGUUUUUAACAAGAAAAAACCAAUCAGUGGAGGCAUUCCACAUUGUUUCCCACAAUUUGGACCUGGCCCUAUACAGCAGCAUGGAUUUGCAAGGAAUGUGGACUGGUCCAUCCUUGAUUCCGAAAGCGUUGAAGGCAAUCCUGGUGUGACUCUUGAACUGAAGGAUGAUGCAUAUAGUCGUUCAAUGUGGGAUUUCAGUUUUCAAGCUACGUACAAGAUUAUUCUUACUGAGAAGAGCCUUUCAACAGAGCUAAUAAUUAAGAAUACUGACAAGAAGCCAUUUUCAUUUACUACAGCGUUGCAUACGUACUUCCGUGCCUCUAUAACUGGAGUAGAAGUUGAGGGAUUGAAGGGUUGUAAAACAUUGAACAAAGAUCCAGAUCCCACCAAUCCAUUGGAGGGUGUGGAAGAAAGGGACGUCGUCAGUUUUCCUGGAUUUGUUGAUUGUGUUUAUCUUGAUGCACCUGGAGAGUUGAGUUUGGAUAAUGGCUUGGGUGAUACCAUACUCAUCAAAAACACAAAUUGGUCAGAUGCUGUGCUAUGGAACCCACAUUUGCAGAUGGAAGCAUGCUACAGGGAUUUCGUUUGUGUUGAAAAUGCCAAGAUCAGAAAGGUUGAGCUAGAGCCUGAUCAGUCUUGGACAGCGUUGCAGCAUCUUAGAAUUGCUUGAAUCCUGGUUGAGAGUAAGACCAAGCGCCCUGAUAUUUAGAUUCCUUCGUUAUCACCAUAUAUUUUGAUUCAAGAUCUGGAAAGCUUGGGGCACUGAAAUACUUUUUUUUAGGAUACUGUGCUCAGAAAAACCACAUGGCUAAAUCCAUUUGAACAAUAUAAUUAUAUAAUAAAAGUACUUUUAUGAAAGCUUUUUCUGAUGAAUGAUAAAUUUAUAAUUACAUUUAUUUAAGGAGAUGUUUCAUGUUUGUGUUGUAAUUUUAAUCAGUUCAAGUUUGUAUAUAUAGAAUUGAGAAGCUUGGAUUUGUGGAGCUGUGUUUGGAUUGGGAGAGGAAUGAAUUAUCGGAAUUUGGGUCU